UCCCCCCCCCCCCCACGCAUACCUUCCUUCCCUCUGCUGGUUCCCCGGCAACAGGUUACAGAAGAAAGCGCAGGCAAGCGGGUAAACACGGGGGCUGGGGAAAAAGGAAUGUCGCGUUCGGGCUCGUCCGGACAGCACCUCUGAACAAGGGCGACCAUUUUAAUAUUUAUAACAAGGCCAAAGAGCUGCCUUUAGCUGUAACGGCAGAUUUAUCCGCAACAAAAAGAGGGAAAAUGGAAGCCCUAUCCUUACCCCAUAUAGGCUUAAACAAAGACGAUCCACGUUUACAGCUUAAAGUGGAAAACAGAAUGAGAAAUAUAUUUGUGACGCAGAUUGAAGAGACCAGGGGUGAAGAAAAUGAAAAUAUCAAUCAUAUCCCAAUUAUCACAGAGAGUCCUGGCAGGCUCCUGGAAACAGGUGUGAACACGCUGCAGAGGACCCUUGUGCUGAGGAAGCAGGUGGAGGCAGACAAGGUGGAUGCACAGCUGGCCCUGAAACGCCAGGAGUUCUGGCAGCGCAUGCAGGCCCUCGGACGCCGUCGGGCUGAACUGGAGCUCCAGCAGCAGGAGAACAGAGAUCGGGCAGCGAAGUUUGAGAAGUUUGUCCAGGACAACAAGGCCAAACGGCAGAGGGCCUUGAGGAAGUACCAGGUGGAGAAGAAGCAGAAUGAGCUGAAGGAGAAGGAGUGGGAGGAGCUGACACAGCAGCUGCUGGUGCUGGAGGCCAGGCAGCAGCACUUAAAGGAAAUGGUGGCCAAACAUAAGAUUCAUGAAGAUUAUUUACUCAAGGUUUUAGACCAACUUCCUGAAAACUCCUUGGAGUAUAGUACAGACUCGCCGAUCACUCCAAUCAUCCGGCGGCACGAGACGCUGUCCCUGACACGCAGUGACCUGCUGGAGCACCUCGGAGUAAUGACGGAGAGGCUGGAGCACAGCCAGCAUGGCCUGGAGGCCCUCAGGCGGGACCAUAACAUCAGCAGGCUGAUGACCAACAGAAAGCUGUCUGAGCUACAGGCUGAAUGGGACAAGGCCAAGGAGAGGACCAAACAGCUGGAGAUGAACCUGCAGAUGCGUCAGGACCAGUCGAGGGAAUGGGUUGAGGAGGUGGGGAGUCUUCUGAUAGCAAUCAGGAACCUGGGAGAGCAGUGCCAUUUACAGCAUUAUGGGCCAUUGGAGAACUUGGAUCUUUUAACCACGAUGGAUAUGAUCAAGGAAUUCAUGGUGCAGAAAUCUGAUGUGGAGAAAAGAGUGACGCGUUCGGUGGACCUGAGCUCAAAUCAGACUGGCGCAGCCAUCCGGGGAGGGAAAGUGACGUCUUUUAAAAGCACCAGUAAGGCAUUGCUGAAGACCAGUGGGAAGAACAGCCUGGCGAGCAUGUCAAGAACGUGACAGCAUGCUGCAAGGCACACUCCGCAACAUGCUCAUUUUCUUAGAAAUAAAUUUGUCCUGAGGGCUGGUUUGAGGUGUAA